AUGGGGACCCUCAGCUGCGACCCCGCUCUGCGGCCGUGCACGGCACCCCUGUGCCAGCAGCUGGCCGAGCGCCUGACUCCGGAGACUGGCCUGAGGCUGCCCUGUGAGCCGGCCACGCAGCAGGAUGCCCGGGGGCCGGGACUGUAUGUUCUGCCAUCCACCGUGGGCUUCAUCAAACACGACUGGACCAGGGCAGCCAGCCCGGCCUUCUCGCUGGCUGGGAGGCCCAGUGAGGCACCUCCCCCAGACUUCAGCCCAGGGCCCGCCUACUUCUUGGACCCGAGAGUGACACGCUUCGGCCGCAGCUGCGCUCCCGCCUACUCCAUGCAGGGCCGGGGCAGGUGUCGGGGUCUGGAGGUGACGCCAGGCCCUGGGGCCUACAGCCCCGAGAAGGUGCCCCCUGUGUGCCAGCGGACACCCCCAGCUUUCACCCUGGGCCCCCGUCUCUGCCUGAGGCCCCUGGACGCUGCGGCCCCAGCGCCCAACGCCUACACCAUGCCCCCCCUCUGGGGCUCGCAAGUCCUCACCAAGCCCAGCAGUCCCAGCUACACGGUGGUGGGCCGCACACGCCCUGCCCGGCCCCCACAGGACCCCGCAGCCACUCCCGGCCCUGGCCAGUAUGACAGCCCAGACCCCAGCACCUACCGGGGCCGCCCGCCGGCCUUCACCAUGCUGGGGCGGCCCCGCCCCCCGCGGCCCCCGGAGGAGACCCCAGGCCCCGGCAGCCACUGCCCCGAGCAGGUCACAGUGAACAAAGCCAGGGCCCCUGCCUACACCAUGGGCAUCCGCCACUCGCGUCGGGCGGCCACUAUGGCUGCGGCCACCACGCCCUGA